AUGUCGCGUAGAAACCAAUAUGAGAGUCCCAGCUCUGUUCAACGUAGUCCCACUUCUCCUGAAUGGAGGAGUCCUAGCUCUCCUCAACGUAGUCCCACUUCUGCUGAAUGGAGGAGUCCCAGCUCUUCUCAAAGUAGUACCAGUUCUCCUGAAUGGAGGAAUCCCGGCUCUCCCCAGUGGAGAAGUGCCGACUCUUCUGAAGGAAGUUCCGUCUUUUCUGAAUGGAGUCCCGGCUCCUUUGAGUGGAGUCCCGACACUGAAGCAGCGAUCAGAGAGCAGUGGCCGGACUCUCUGUCCACGAGCAUAUCACCUUACAUGUUCCCUCCCACAGCCACACCACAACGUCCCGGUGUCAGUAAUUUACGCACCCAAAUGCCUAGACCUGAACAAAAGCACUUCUUUCCUCCAAAUCCGCCUGGUGAAUACAAACCGGAAGUGCCCAGAUUGGGGCGGGUGUUUAAGAGUGAAGAAGACCUUCAUUAUCGACCCCCCGUGCCUGAAAAAAACUUUCCUAGGCACCCGCCUACUCCAGAAGAAGAAUUCACCUUUCCGUCACGAAAUGUGGUAUACAUAACUGACGAAAACUUUAAACAAAAGAUUCAACCCAUGGCGAAAGGUCUUGUCUACUUUUACAAUAGCAGAGGAAAUCGAAACAAUCGCAACGAAAAGACAUUUGUAUCCGCCGCAGAUACACUACAUCAUGAAUUGUUUCUUUUUGGUGCCAUCGACUGUGCCUUUGAGACCGGAGUCUGCAAUCACUACCAGAUAACAGAGACACCAAUAAUCAAGCUCUUCUCCAACGGCUUCGACGUGAGCACUAUACACAGACCAGAAUCCUUCGGCGUGGACGCCUUGCAAAAGUUUAUAACAUGGGCCCCAGAGCUCAAGAAGCCCCGUGAUCAAGAGGGUAAGGAUUUCGUUGAAGAAGCUGCUCGCAAGAAACAACAAAUCUACUAUUACAAGCAGCAAUCCGAGUAUUACAGGUAA